CAUUAACAAGACCAAGCAUUCAGCAAGCCACUCUUCCACCUCCCUUACUGCAGGAAGGCACUCCGAAGACAUAAGUCGGUGAGACAUGGCUGAAGAUAAAAGCAAGAGAGACUCCAUCGAGAUGAGUAUGAAGGGAUGCCAGACAAACAACGGGUUUGUCCGUAAUGAAGACAUUCUGGAGCAGACCCCGGAUCCAGGCAGCUCAACAGACAACCUGAAGCACAGCACCAGGAGCAACCUUGGCUCCCAGGAGCCCGACUUCAAGGGCGUCCGGCCCUAUGCGGGGAUGCCCAAGGAGGUGCUGUUCCAGUUCUCUGGCCAGGCCCGCUACCGCAUACCUCGGGAGAUCCUCUUCUGGCUCACAGUGGCUUCUGUGCUGGUGCUCAUCGCGGCCACCAUAGCCAUCAUUGCCCUCUCUCCAAAGUGCCUAGACUGGUGGCAGGAGGGGCCCAUGUACCAGAUCUACCCAAGGUCUUUCAAGGACAGUAACAAGGAUGGGAACGGAGAUCUGAAAGGUACAUGCCCAGAGAUCAUUCAGGGUAUUCAAGAUAAACUGGACUACAUCACAGCUUUAAAUAUAAAAACUGUUUGGAUUACUUCAUUUUAUAAAUCGUCCCUUAAAGAUUUCAGAUAUGGUGUUGAAGAUUUCCGGGAAGUUGAUCCCAUUUUUGGAACGAUGGAAGAUUUUGAGAAUCUGGUUGCAGCCAUACAUGAUAAAGGUUUAAAAUUAAUCAUCGAUUUCAUACCAAACCACACGAGUGAUAAACAUAUUUGGUUUCAAUUGAGUCGGACACGGACAGGAAAAUAUACUGAUUAUUAUAUCUGGCAUGACUGUACCCAUGAAAAUGGCAAAACCAUUCCACCCAACAACUGGUUAAGUGUGUAUGGAAACUCCAGUUGGCACUUUGACGAAGUGCGAAACCAAUGUUAUUUUCAUCAGUUUAUGAAAGAGCAACCUGAUUUAAAUUUCCGCAAUCCUGAUGUUCAAGAAGAAAUAAAAGAAAUUUUACGGUUCUGGCUCACAAAGGGUGUUGAUGGUUUUAGUUUUGAUGCUGUUAAAUUCCUCCUAGAAGCAAAGCAUCUGAGAGAUGAGAUCCAAGUAAAUAAGACCCAAAUCCCGGACACGGUCACACAAUACUCGGAGCUGUACCAUGACUUCACCACCACGCAGGUGGGAAUGCACGACAUUGUCCGCAGCUUCCGGCAGACCAUGGACCAAUACAGCACGGAGCCCGGCAGAUACAGGUUCAUGGGGACUGAAGCCUAUGCAGAGAGUAUUGACAGGACCGUGAUGUACUAUGGAUUGCCAUUUAUCCAAGAAGCUGAUUUUCCCUUCAACAAUUACCUCACCAUGCUAGACACUGUUUCUGGGAACAGCGUGUAUGAGGUUAUCACAUCCUGGAUGGAAAACAUGCCAGAAGGAAAAUGGCCUAACUGGAUGAUUGGUGGACCAGACAGUUCACGGCUGACUUCGCGUUUGGGGAAUCAGUAUGUCAACGUGAUGAACAUGCUUCUUUUCACACUCCCUGGAACUCCUAUAACUUACUAUGGAGAAGAAAUUGGAAUGGGAAAUAUUGUAGCCACAAAUCUCAAUGAAAGCUAUGAUAUUAAUACCCUUCGCUCAAAGUCACCAAUGCAGUGGGACAAUAGUUCAAAUGCUGGUUUUUCUGAAGCUAGUCACACCUGGUUACCUACCAAUUCAGAUUACCACACUGUGAAUGUUGAUGUCCAAAAGACUCAGCCCAGAUCGGCUUUGAAGUUAUAUCAAGAUUUAAGUCUACUUCAUGCCAAUGAGCUACUCCUCAACAGGGGCUGGUUUUGCCAUUUGAGGAAUGACAGCCACUAUGUUGUGUACACAAGAGAGCUGGAUGGCAUCGACAGAAUCUUUAUCGUGGUUCUGAAUUUUGGAGAAUCAACACUGUUAAAUCUACAUAAUAUGAUUUCGGGCCUUCCCGCUACAAUGAGAAUAAGGUUAAGUACCAAUUCUGCCGACAAAGGCAGUAAAGUUGAUACAAGUGGCAUUUUUCUGGACAAGGGAGAGGGACUCAUCUUUGAACACAACACGAAGAAUCUCCUUCAUCGCCAAACAGCUUUCAGAGAUAGAUGCUUUGUUUCCAAUCGAGCAUGCUAUUCCAGUGUACUGAACAUACUGUAUACCUCGUGUUAGGCACCUUUAUGAAGAGAUGAAGACACUGGCAUUUCACUGGGAUUGUAAGCAUUUGUAAUAGCUUCAUGUACAGCAUGCUGCUUGGUGAACAAUCAUUAAUUCUUCGAUAUUUCUGUAGCUUGAAUGUAACUGCUUUAAGAAAGGUUCUCAAAUGUUUUGAAAAAAAUAAAAUGUUUAAAAGUAAA